GGCACUCUCUCAGUCGCUCCGACUCAGGAACCAGAUCAUCAGCAGAGAUAGCAGGCAUUACUUCGCCCUUUCAUUCUAACUCGCUUUCGACUUUGGUUCAGGAUGGAAACCCCUACGACUGCUCGGAGCCGACGAUGCUCCAUCAUACGCAACUGCAAAAGUGGUCUCUCCAUGUGGCUGGUUGUGUGGUUGGUCCUUGGCAAGCCCAGUCCGGCUCAGGCGUGCCCGCACUUGUGCGUGUGCUACCCGACGCCGAUGACCGUGAGCUGCCAGGCGCAGAACUUCACCCUCGUGCCAGCGGGAGUGCCCUACGACUCGCAACGCGUUUUCCUCCAGAACAACCGGAUUACGGAGCUCAGAGUGGGCUCUUUCGGAUUUGGAACUCAGGUUCUGUGGCUGUUCUCCAACAACAUCACAUGGAUUGAAGCUGGUGCUUUCAGUGAGCUGAGGGACCUGGAGGAGCUGGACCUUGGAGACAACCCUCACCUGCACAGGCUGGAGGGGGGCGCCUUCCGGGGCCUGGAGAAGCUCCAGAGUCUCCAUAUGCACCGCUGCAAGCUCAACGCCCUGCCCCAUGACAUCUUCCACAAGCUCUACAGCCUGCAUUUUCUUUACUUGCAGGAGAACCAGCUCCACUUCCUGCAGGACGACCUCUUCUCUGACCUCAUCAACCUGAGCCAGCUCUUCCUGCAUGGCAACCGUAUCCGCACACUGUCCGAGAACGUGUUCCGUGGCCUGGUCAACCUGGACCGCCUCCUCAUCCACGACAACCGCGUGCGGCAGGUCAACCGCCGGGCGUUCCGCGACCUUGGCCGUUUGACCAUGCUUUUCCUGUUCAACAACUCCCUGGCGGAGCUGCCCAGCCAGGCUCUGAGAGACACCCAGGGCAUCGAGUUCCUCCGUCUCAACGACAACCCCUGGUCCUGCGGCUGUGAGGCCCGCUCGCUGUGGGAGUGGUUCCGUGGCGCCCGCGUCUCCUCCUCCGAGCUGAUGUGCUCCUCCCCCUCCCAUCGCCGUGGCACCGACCUGCGUUUCCUGCGCGAGAUGGACUUUGCCCCCUGCCCCCUGCCCGACCCCGGCUCCAUCGGCGGCUCCACCACCACCACCUUCAGCACCAAGACUCGCUGGUGGUUCUCCAAGAACAAGCCCCAGUCCGCCAGCAAGGGCCUCUUCGAGAAAAGCUCUGAGACCAUCAAGGCAGCCCCCUAUGGUGGCAAGAGUCCCUCCUUGACCACCUCUGUCAAGUACGAGCUGGGCGAGGAGGAGAUGGCGCUGCCAAAGCUGGAAACCGAGGAGUACUGGGCCAACUACGGCAACGAGGAUGCGGGCGCCACGCUGCGCUGCUUCGAGCUCGAGUGCCCGCCUGACUUUGACCUCCUACCUCCCUCGUCUGCCGCCGCCCCUUCCUCCACCCCUCCCACCCCCUCCCUCAUCUCCCUCCUGGCUCUUGCUGUCCUCUCCUUCACUCUAAAUCUGCACCUUCUAUUUGGCUGAACUCUUUAGUUUUGUCCGAUGCCCUUUUUAGGACAGCGAGGACCCAUCCACCUCCCUGUUGAAAACUCUGCCACCCCCCUUUGCCUAAAUGUUGAGAAUAUCUUACCUCAACAGCUCUGGAGAUAGGGGGGUAUAGUUAGAGAGAUAGAAACAUCUAUCACACACAGGGCUAUGUACACACUACACUGGGCUGUUGAAUGUUAACAGCUAGGGCUAUAGGACUACACCACCAACAGGUGCAGGUGCUCAACUAUGACCCUUGUGAUAUCACAACGGUCAGAGGUCACACUGCCAGUGUUGCCAUGACAAUCCUCAGUGCUACUGCUAACUACUACUACUACUACUACUGUUGUAAAUGGUUCUCUCGGUGUUGUCACUUAAACUAAACUUCCUAACAGUACAACUAAGAUGACAUAGGUUCAACUAGCUGCUAACAACAAUAAGUACUGUUAGCAUCAGCGCUACCGCUACAGUUUUGUUGAUAGCUAUACAGCAGCCAUAACUGCCAUUGUUGCAUUAACUGUAACAACUGAAGAUGUAAAUAGAUUCAUUGACAUGCUAGCUGAUGUUUACAUACCCACCAUGUCUGCUGUGAACAUUUCAUUUAAGCAUAUUCUUUCUAUUGAAAGAGUGAAGGUGAUUUUGUGCAGGGCUGAGCAGAGAAUAAAACAAGUAAGGGAUUUGGAUUGAAGGACAGUCAUUCAGAGAGAAAAAGAGUUGAAGCUAGAUAGAGAGUGGUAGGAUGAAAUCAAGAAAAGAAGAGGCAGAGUGAAAGCUAGGGGGGGAGAACGAGCAUGCAAGAAUGCUGUUGCGAUUCUACGAGGAAAGCAAGGCAGCGGGGAAGUGAGGGAUGGACGGCAAGGUCAGAACAGGCAAGAGAGAGUUAUGAAAAGACUGAAAGAAGCUAGAAAGAAAUAAGCAGAUGGUGUACGCGACAGUGCUGGCCCUAGACACUGAGACAAACGGAGAGACAAGUAAUACAUUCAUUGCAUCAAGCAUUGUUUUAUUAGCCAUUUAAUCAUUUCGUGUUUUUCACCUCUUGUAAAUGUUAUGUCAUCUCGGAAGCCACAGGGAAAUAAUGUUUCCUGAAAGGCUCUGAUUGGUGAUUUCUGUAUGUCAUACAAUUGAUUGUUGACAGAAUGUGAGUUUACGAAUGAGCUGUCUGGAUAAAAGAGUGAUGGAAUAUUCUAAAUAACCUUGUGAGACAUUUCUUUGGGGACAUCUCCUUCCUACAAAUAUGACCAACAUAGCGAGUACACUCACAUCUCGGAAGGCUAAAAGAAUCUCAAGAACCUAAGAGAAUGAGACUCUCAUCUCAAAAAUAUCCUUGCACUUCUCACCUUGUCACCGCCCUCAGCCCUCAAUCCUUCUGCUUUCAACUGAAAUGUGAGCAAGACAAUACAUGACAUUGAGCAAGAAAAGUGAAAGGUCAGAAACUGGCCUCAUUGGCACCCGAAAAAAGGGAGAGAAAGAACUGGAAAUAGGGCGCGGGAUGACUAAAAUGUGACAAAACAUGUCUGAACCGAACUCCAAACCCACCCUUGGGAAUAAACUGACUAACCAGACCUUCUGUUGUCCUAGUGCCGCCCACAGGAUGGACAUGGACAUCUGUGGUUGGAGACUGGGGGAGAAUGGAUGUAUAGAUGGAUGGAUUGAAUGAUAGAUAAAGGUAUUUGCAAACAUAUGGAUGAAUGGAUGGAUAAAAAACAGUCUGGCAGAUUAUUCGAUAACUAAGAUGCCAAGAUGAUGAGGUGAUUCAGUGAUGGACAGACCGACUGGGGACAAACUGUCCGGACAGACAGACUUGUAUAUGCUUUUACAACUAAGUAUAACCAACAGAAAAUAGAUAGACAGACUGAGAGAGAGUGAAUAACAGAGAAAAAGAUCGAGGGGGAGAGAGAGCAAUCCGAUUGGUGUAAUGCUGGGUUGACGUCAACUGGAAGUGACCAAAAACAGGCAUCCAUUCAACUUCACACUUCCUUCACUUCAUUCACUUCCCCAUCCCUCUUUCCUGCUUUUCCUCUCUCCUAUCAUCCAUCCUCCCAGCAUUCUCUCUUAGUCUUCAUUAGGCUUCAUGGGAGAUCGGAUUUAAGAGGCGUGAUGACGUCUUUACUUAUUUUCGCCUCUCCUCUCGAUUCUUUCUUUUUUUCACAUGCUUUCGUGUUCACCUGUUCCUUUAUCUGGUCACCUCUCUCUCAAUCCUUUUAUGAAGAGUUGAGUGAAGAGAGGCAGAUGGAAAAGUAAUAUAGAAUGGGUGGGAGAGAGAGCAGUUCCUCUAUCUUAUCUAUCUUAUGAGGCUUGUUGCCGGUAGGUGGGAAGGGCAAGGACAAGAUCUGGGAGAGUAGGAGGCCAGCGAGGCGUAUGCAGACCCACGCACAAACAAACACACAUAUACAUACCUACACACACACACACACGCAACUAAAUGCAGGACAGCUCUAAUGGUUAUGUACUUGGAACAUGUUUUGGUUUUAUUUUAAUAAUACUUACUUGGAGCUUUUCAGUAUCAGUGAAUCAACAGCAGGCUGUUCACUAACAAGAAAAUAGUCCAGUAGUUCAUACUGAAUAUACUGUAUCUCGAGUCUCCUGACUAUGUCAGAGUGUUUGGCCUUUUGUGUACAUGUCGACCAUGAGGGUGAGGUCAAACUGGGCCUUGGUGCUCUUUAGCUGCCACAACAGUAAGGUCACUUUCAGAUGACCAAAGCACCAUUCAACAUAGCAUUUCAACCCUGUGUGAGUUGUUUGUAUUUGUUUGUCUCUGUAUGUGUGUGCAUGUGUGUAUGUGUGUGUGUGUAUACACACUCAGGCAAAAGAGCAUUUAUUGUUUUUGCUCGUCUGUGGGAUUGAUUUGUCAAUCUGUCUAAUCUCUUUA